GUAGGUAUAUAAUAGGUACAUAACUCGUGCAUGCGUGGCAUCAAUAGAAAAACGACUGAGCUAUCGUUUAAAACUGCGAUUAAUAUCAAUAAUAUCUAAAAUGCCUUGUGGUUCUUCAACUCUUUACCUUUUGUUAAUUGUAAUAAUACAUCAAUCGCAAGGUGAAAAUUUACAGGAGAAUUCAGAACGAAAUACAGAUUUGUUGACCUGCUACAAAAGUGUAACUUUGGAACUAUUUGGAAAUUUAAAAAACAUUCUUCAAAGGCCUUACGGACAAAUAGCAGAAAAUGAAUUCAAAUCAAGCGUUGAGUCAAGAUUGAAAACUUUAUCCUUACUUUUGUCCAAUGAAAAACGUUUAGAUGAUCUAGUAUUUAGGAGAAAACUACAAGAAAUGGAACGAACAGCUGAGAUCGGAUUCAUAUUUAUUUCCCGGCGGUUGAAAUUUUCCUGCACCGACGAAAAACAAAACCAGCUGCUAAAAUAUAUAGCAAAUUUUAAAGAACAUAAAGCUAAAUGCGGUGAUCAUGAUUACCUCACCAAUUCCCCAAUGAUUUUGGUUUUGGAAAAAACGUGUCCACAAAGAGGGACAAAAGGUUAUGCGGAAAAUGAACCCUCGAGUAGGUUAGCCGAGUGGAAAAACAGUGGUUAUGUAGAUCAAGUAAGUAAAGAAUUGAAAAACAAAGUCCAACUUUUAAAUAAUUGAGGAUUACAGUUUCGAUGCUUUGAAUGUAAAUGUUUAGCAUAAUAUGUAAAAUUAAUUAGGUAGAAAUAAAUGUUUUUCAAAUGUCA